AUGGGUGCACCCGUUAGCAUCAGCAGCCGCCCCACUGUGGUCCUCUCCCUCAUCUCCCCUUCUCUGACACAGGCAACCUCACCUCUGCAACAAAUCCAGAAUCAGAACCUUGGCCCUCGUCUGUACCAGCCAGGACCAGAAGCUGGCCCACUCAGCAGGGGUGCCCAGAGCGCCCCAAAUCAGGCCCUGGUCCAUACCCAAUGCGCCCAAGCUCGGGGUCCAGGCAACCGCGCUGUUGGGAGCUGGGGGCACAGCAUCAUCACGCAGGACUCGAGUUGUGGCAGAGGCUUGCAGGUGGAGGAAGGCGGGUGGGGGCGUGAGAGGUGGAGGGAGAUGUUGGGGCAGGCCGCCGAGGCUUCUCCCAUCCCUCCCCGGCGCUGCUGGCGACAUUGCCGCUCCUGGGCAGGGGCGGAGAAGACCGCGAACGGGAGGGGAGGAGGCGGAGGCGGAGGCGCGGAGGCGGAGGCGGUGGCGGAGGCGGGAUUUGGAGUUUCCUCCGCAGCAGCAGCGGCGGCGGCGGCCCCUAGGCUCCAGGCGAGGCCGCCGCCGGGGCUCUGGCGUUGGCGUUUGGCGUUGCCGGGCGCUUUCCGCUGCUCAAGCUACCGCAACUUCCCGCCGCUACGACGCCGGGGGUCGCGGGCCGAGCCCAGCCGAGGUGAGCAGAGCACGCGGCCCCGGGGGGCUCCACCCCACCCGACCCUGCCUGGCUGCCCUCCCCACGUGCGUUUCUCUUACCCUGCCCCCAAAGUCCAACAACGCACACCGACCCGGGGCCAAGGCACGCGCCCUUGCAAGACCCAUUGGUUCCUACCACUGCACACUAACCUCACCUGCCCGUGCGCCUCCAUGUCCCCUGCCACUGCCACCAGCUGCACUAUCGCGAGGCGCGCAAACACGCACGCGGCCCAGGUCCCUGUAGCGCACACAUCAGCAGCCCCUGACCCACUACUCACCACUGUCCUAACUCACGCUACACCAUCCCAGACCCUGCCACGCCCAGUGUAUACCAGGCGCGCACGCGUUGCCAACACAUCCUGCGCUAUCUGCACGAACGAACAUGUCUCUGGGAGUUGUGCUCCUGGCCAUGUGACGGGCCGCGACAGCCGAAAUCUGCUGCACUCGGGCCGGCGGGAACGGUGCAUUUCGUGCGGGACAAGGCGAGGCGCGCGCUCGGGAGGCUCGCGGGCCCAGGGAGCGCACCGCCGCGCGCGCAGGGCUGCGGGGGGCGUUGGCCUGGCAGGGCGGAGGCCCGGGUGCCCGGUGGGGCGGCAGUGGCGCAGCGCCCACCCUGCGCCUCAGUGGCCUCAUCUGAACCCUGGGGGGCAGAACACCACCCUCCCAGCUGAUGAGCGGCCUCUCUGCACAGCCCGGGGGAACAGCCGUGCUCCCAGAGACUCCCAUAUCCCUGAGCCCCACACGUGCUCCUGGUCCCCCUGUACUUUACCCCCCUUUGCAGACCUGGGCCUGGCGGACAACACCAAUGACUUGGAGAAGCGCAGGCAGAUCUACGGGCAGAACUUUAUCCCUCCCAAGCAGCCCAAGACCUUCCUGCAGCUGGUGUGGGAGGCCCUGCAAGACGUGACCCUCAUCAUCCUGGAGGUAGCCGCCAUUGUCUCCCUGGGCCUCUCCUUCUAUGCACCACCCGGAGAGGAGAGUGAAGCCUGUGGAAAUGUGUCUGGCGGGGCAGAAGAUGAGGGUGAGGCGGAGGCUGGCUGGAUCGAGGGGGCUGCCAUCCUGCUGUCUGUCAUCUGCGUGGUGCUGGUCACCGCCUUCAAUGACUGGAGCAAGGAGAAGCAGUUUCGAGGCCUGCAGAGCCGCAUAGAGCAGGAACAGAAGUUCACAGUCAUCCGCAACGGGCAGCUCCUCCAGGUCCCUGUUGCUGCACUGGUGGUGGGUGACAUCGCCCAGGUCAAGUAUGGAGACCUGCUGCCUGCCGACGGCGUGCUCAUCCAGGGCAAUGACCUCAAGAUCGAUGAGAGCUCCCUGACUGGCGAGUCGGACCAUGUGCGCAAGUCAGCAGACAAAGACCCCAUGCUGCUUUCUGGCACCCAUGUCAUGGAAGGUUCCGGAAGAAUGGUGGUGACGGCCGUUGGUGUGAACUCCCAGACAGGCAUCAUCUUUACAUUGCUUGGAGCUGGUGGAGAGGAGGAAGAGAAGAAGGAUAAGAAAGGCAAGCAGCAGGAUGGGGCGAUGGACAAUAGCCAGACCAGAGCUAAGAAGCAGGAUGGGGCAGUUGCCAUGGAAAUGCAGCCCCUGAAGAGUGCGGAAGGUGGUGAGAUGGAGGAGCGGGAAAAGAAGAAAGCCAACGUGCCCAAGAAGGAGAAGUCAGUCCUUCAGGGAAAGCUCACAAAACUGGCUGUGCAGAUUGGGAAAGCAGGGCUAGUGAUGUCUGCCAUCACCGUCAUCAUCCUGGUCCUUUAUUUUGUGAUCGAGACCUUCGUCGUGGAUGGCCGGGUGUGGCUAGCAGAGUGCACACCGGUCUAUGUGCAGUACUUCGUGAAGUUCUUCAUCAUUGGCGUCACUGUGCUGGUUGUGGCUGUCCCCGAGGGCCUGCCUCUUGCUGUCACCAUCUCCUUGGCUUACUCUGUCAAGAAAAUGAUGAAGGACAACAACCUGGUACGCCAUCUGGAUGCCUGUGAGACCAUGGGCAAUGCCACAGCCAUUUGCUCUGACAAGACGGGCACACUCACCACCAAUCGGAUGACCGUGGUCCAGUCCUACCUAGGAGACACCCACUACAAAGAGAUUCCAGCUCCCAGUGCCCUGACCCCCAAGAUCCUUGACCUCCUGGUCCAUGCCAUCUCCAUCAACAGUGCCUACACCACCAAAAUACUACCUCCAGAGAAGGAAGGCGCUCUCCCACGCCAAGUGGGCAAUAAGACGGAGUGCGCUCUGCUAGGCUUCGUCCUGGACCUGAAGCGGGACUUCCAGCCUGUGCGGGAGCAGAUUCCGGAAGAUAAGCUUUACAAAGUAUACACCUUCAACUCGGUCCGCAAGUCCAUGAGCACAGUCAUCCGCAUGCCUGAUGGUGGCUUCCGCCUCUUCAGCAAGGGGGCCUCAGAGAUCCUGCUCAAAAAGUGCACCAACAUCCUAAACAGCAAUGGUGAACUCCGAGGAUUCCGUCCUCGGGACCGAGAUGACAUGGUGAAGAAGAUCAUUGAGCCAAUGGCUUGUGAUGGCCUCCGUACCAUCUGCAUCGCCUACCGAGACUUCUCCGCAAGCCAGGAGCCUGACUGGGACAAUGAGAACGAGGUGGUGGGUGACCUCACCUGCAUAGCUGUCGUGGGCAUCGAGGACCCUGUGCGGCCUGAGGUUCCUGAAGCUAUUCGCAAAUGCCAGCGUGCUGGCAUCACAGUCCGCAUGGUGACCGGGGACAACAUCAACACAGCCCGGGCCAUUGCGGCCAAAUGCGGCAUCAUCCAGCCAGGGGAGGACUUCCUGUGCUUGGAGGGGAAGGAGUUCAACCGGAGGAUCCGCAACGAGAAAGGCGAGAUAGAACAGGAGCGGCUGGACAAGGUGUGGCCCAAGCUGAGGGUGCUCGCCCGGUCAUCUCCCACUGACAAGCACACUCUCGUCAAAGGGAUUAUUGACAGCACCACUGGCGAGCAGCGACAAGUGGUGGCCGUGACCGGAGAUGGCACAAAUGAUGGGCCGGCCCUCAAGAAAGCAGAUGUGGGCUUUGCCAUGGGCAUUGCAGGGACUGAUGUGGCCAAGGAGGCCUCUGACAUCAUCCUGACCGAUGACAACUUCACCAGCAUUGUCAAGGCCGUCAUGUGGGGCCGCAACGUCUAUGACAGCAUCUCCAAGUUCCUGCAGUUCCAGCUGACAGUCAACGUGGUGGCUGUGAUCGUGGCCUUCACAGGCGCCUGCAUUACUCAGGACUCUCCUCUCAAAGCCGUGCAAAUGUUGUGGGUGAACUUAAUCAUGGACACAUUUGCCUCUCUGGCCCUGGCAACGGAGCCACCCACCGAGUCACUGCUGCUGCGGAAGCCAUACGGCCGGGACAAGCCCCUCAUCUCACGAACCAUGAUGAAGAACAUCCUGGGUCACGCUGUCUAUCAGCUCACCAUCAUCUUCACCCUGCUCUUCGUCGGAGAGCUGUUCUUCGACAUCGACAGCGGGAGGAACGCACCCCUGCACUCGCCGCCCUCAGAGCACUACACCAUCAUCUUCAACACCUUCGUCAUGAUGCAGCUCUUCAACGAGAUCAACGCCCGCAAGAUCCACGGAGAGCGCAACGUCUUCGAUGGCAUCUUCAGCAACCCCAUCUUUUGCACUAUUGUCCUGGGCACCUUUGGAAUUCAGAUCGUCAUCGUCCAGUUCGGUGGGAAGCCCUUCAGCUGCUCCCCGCUGUCCACAGAACAGUGGCUCUGGUGCCUAUUUGUUGGUGUUGGGGAGCUGGUCUGGGGACAGGUCAUUGCCACCAUCCCCACCAGCCAGCUCAAGUGCCUGAAGGAAGCAGGGCAUGGGCCUGGGAAGGACGAGAUGACCGAUGAGGAGCUGGCCGAGGGGGAAGAGGAGAUCGACCAUGCAGAGCGGGAGCUUCGCAGGGGUCAGAUCCUCUGGUUCCGGGGCCUCAACCGGAUUCAGACGCAGAUCCGGGUGGUGAAAGCAUUCCGUAGCUCACUCUAUGAAGGCCUGGAAAAACCGGAAUCCAAGAGCUCCAUCCAUAACUUCAUGGCAACGCCCGAGUUUCUGAUCAAUGACUACACCCACAACAUCCCACUCAUCGAUGACACAGAUGUGGAUGAGAACGAGGAACGCCUGCGGGCCCCACCGCCCUCAUCCCCCAACCAGAACAACAAUGCCAUAGACAGCGGCAUCUACCUGACCACGCAUGUCACCAAGUCAGCUACCUCUUCAGCGUUCUCUUCCAGGCCCGGGAGCCCACUACACAGCAUGGAGACAUCCCUCUAACCAGAACUUCUCUCUGAACAUGCACACACACGCACACACACACUUGGACCCACAUGCAAUCACAUGCCUGCACACACACACACACACACACACACACACACACACACACACGCACACCUGCCAAAGAGGGAAACCACUAAGGCGGCUAAAGACUUCUUGUGUGGUAUUUGCAAGAAGCCAAAUUCGUUUGAUAAGGGCGCAGUCUGCCAGGCUUCUUUUCUGGGACCCAGGAGCAGGAAGAAAGAGUGAGAGGGACAAGGGGAUGGGGGAGGCUCUUCACCCAAA